AUGCUUUUGCCGGGAGUCGAACCCGAGCCGACUGCUUGGCUGGAAGCCAUGCCAACCGUCACAUCACGCAAGCAUCUCCAAGCCAUAGGUAUUAUUACAAAGCUACCUUAUGAACUCAUUCAGCAUCAGCAGACAAUAAGUUAUGAACAUCUUUCAACAGGACAUCACUUCCAAUCAAUUGUGGAGGGAACUGAAGCCUCAGAAUUGUACUUUUUCAGCAACGGAACCAAAUUCAGAAAAUAUGAACUAACUUGGAAUUCAAACUCCAAAGAUCAUGAAGUGGAAGGCUGGUUUGAUACGUGGUAUUCUAGUUUGGAAUUCCCGAUGGAACUUGCCAUGGCUUAUCCAAAAUUUAAACGAUGCAAGGCUACAGGAAAUUUCAUUGCUUUAGACUCGGGAAAAAUUGUCCUUUUUCGAGAUUUCGAGCAUAACUUGCCGACCGUUUUUGAUACUUACAUGCACAUUUUCAGCAACUGGACUAAUUUUAAGUUUGUAACAGAAGCUGUGAGUCCUGAUAUCCCGCCUAAAAUCGGAACUCAAUCCACACAAAUAGCUUGUCUAAUUCACAACAGCUCGAUCAUUUACCGAUUAGUUCGAAGCCUUAGACAAGUUUUAACGUACAAUUGUCUUAACUGCAUGCCAUAUGUCAAACUAACCGAGAAUACAUUAGUGGGACAAUUCGGAGCAAUGGCCAGUACCUCCUUGUACGAUCGUGUUGACGCGCUAUCGGCAUAUGUCUCUGUGAAUGAGGACUUUAGUCUUCUGAAUUUAUCUGCUCCUAGUAGAGAGAUAGAACAAAUUAAUUUCAGGACAAGGAAAUACACGUGCGGCAACAGCAUCUCCUACAUGCAAUGUAUCCUGGAUGUUUCGAAGAACAGAAGGGGAAUAGUUGUGCAAAGAUGUAAUGGUGGCGUUGAGCUGUGGGAUGAUCGUCAACCAAAAUGUCCGUCGGUGAUAUAUAUACCUGAUGUACCUUGCUAUGAUAUCUCUCUUGUACCACAUCCACCGGUUGUGGAAUGGCCAAUGCAGUCUAUGAUAGCACUAAGUCCAGCCCGCUGCAGAUCUAUCUUACUAUGUCGUUUGGAAACGGGUGAGCCAAUUAACGUCUUGGAAUAUCCGGGCGGUUUCAAUAACGAGAGUUAUCAAAAAAUAAUAUUCCGAUCAGAAUGGAAUUUUGACCGCUGUUCACCUUGCCCGCCAGGACCACUUUUCUGGUUUCGACCCUCAUUUUCCCGGCUCACAGUACCAAUCCUACCUGUAAGAUUUUACGCCGAUUUCACAAUUACUUAUACACCCCGAGAUGAUCCUGACAUGCCUAUUCCACCCUGGUUCGACGGUAUUCCUCCUGACCUUCCAUAUAGCAUUGGAAGGGGAUAUGCGGUCUACGCGUCUGACCUUGAUAUGAUGGUAGAAAAUUACACUGACUAUUGUGUACCCAUCUUCCUUCCAAAUGCCGACUUUCCUUGUGUUAUGCUGAAUUACAAUCACACAGCUUACCUCAUUUCUCCUACUCUUAAUGGUUAUGGUCCAUGCUGUGUCUAUCGUCCUAACUGGUCACCACCCCAUAGAGAUUUUAUGCGAAAUUUUGAGGAAUAUUAUCAUGGAUCCACGAAUGUUCUUGGAGAGAAAAGAAAGGUCCUGAAUCAGACAAUAGAUUGGUGGGAUAUACCGCUACUUGAAAGCGGUAAACCUGGAGAUCAUCCCUUGUUUGGUGGUUUUGGAUUUGCUAGAAAACCAUUGCCAAGUACUUAUCGACCGUACGUUUCAUUCUGGUAUGAAGGUGAUGUUGGCUGGGCUCAGCAAAUAUUUGAAAAUUUUACGGACACAGGACCUGGAAUUCAUCUACUUGACAACUUUCAACUGCCAAAUAUCUGCAAAACCAACUUAGCCUGUAAUUUCAAACCCUAA